AUGGGAGCUGUAUAAUGCUGUAGUGUAAAGUAACCAAGAAGAGAAGCCUAGGAUGAAAUGAAGCAAGACGUUUCCAAGUCUAAUUCUGGUAUUUUGAGAUCUAAUAAGUCCACCUCUGCUUUAAUUAACUAGAAGAUAGAGUCUGCAAAGAAACUUAGACAGCUGAAUCUCAAUGAUCUAAGCGUGAAGAAUUUAGAUGCCAGAUUUGAUCAGCUAAAUAAUAUUAGUGUGAUCAGCAUAGUAAACUGCUAAUUAGAAGGGUUUAAGGACACCGGGAUUGAUGUUCUAAAGAAUAGCAUUGACACGCUCAAGAAAGUUAAUUUUACAAAGAAUGCUAUUUCGAAAAUUCCUUUGGAGUUAUUCAAGUGUCCUGAUUUACAAAUUGUAAAUUUUUCGUCAAAUAAGCUGAAGGAAAUACCAGAUUAGAUCAAUUAGCUCAGAAAUCUAAGGGAACUUGAUUUCAGUCACAAUUUGAUUAAAAAUAUACCUGCUUCAAUUACAGUCUGCAGCUAGAUUAAAGUUAUUACACUCAAUAACAAUCAUAUAAAUGAGUUCAAUUUAGCGUUCUUGAAACUCCCCAAUCUAGAAUAUUUGUAUAUGUCUCAGAAUGAGAUAGCAAUACUGCCAGAUGAUUAAUUAUGGGCUGUUUCAUCAUUAAAGGUGCUUGAUCUAGAAUCAAAUAGUUUGUAUGAAGUACCUCCAGUAGUAUUUAAAUAAUCAAAGCUGCAUAACCUGAACUUAAAGGAUAAUCAUAUUUUGAGAAGUAAACUAAUGAAAAUGGAUGGAAUCGAUGAAUAUCAAAACAGAAGAAAAAUCAAGAUGGAUAUUGUAGUUUAGAAUAAUCUUGAUGUCAAUUAUGAUCUAUGUGGUCUUGAUAAAUGA